AUGGCACUUGAGCUCCUUGAACUGGAGACAACUAUCUUGCCACAGUUCGAGCUGGUGAUCGAAGCAGCAAACAAGGGAAACCACAGGCCCAAGUUGGACAAAUGGCUUCAGGAACUCAAAGAAGGCUUCUACCUGGCUGAAGACUUGUUGGACGACCAUGAGUACAACCUCCUCAAGCGCCAAGCAAAGGGAAAGGAUCCCUUGCCGGCCAAUGGCUCCUCCAUCAGCAACACUUUUAUGAAGCCUCUGCGUGCUGCAUCGAGCAGGCUGUCGAAUUUUAGUUCAGAGAACAGAAAGCUAAUUCAACAGUUAAAUGGGCUAAAGGCUACCCUGGCGAAAGCCAAGGACUUCCGUGAACUGCUCUUCUUACCAUCUGGUUAUAGUGCAGAGGGCUCCACCAUACCAUCAGCUGUUGUUCCUGAGACUAGUUCAAUAGCACCUCUGAAAGUGAUAGGUCGUAGAAAGGAUCGCAACCAUAUAAUAAAUUGUCUUACCAAGACAACAGUGACUACCAAGUCUAGUAAAACCAUGUACUCGGGUUUGGCUAUUGUUGGAGCUGGAGGCAUCGGAAAGUCCAGCUUGGCACAGCUUGUUUACAAUAGCAAGAGGGUAAAAAAACAUUUUAAUGUGAGAAUGUGGAUAAGCAUAUCACGCAAACUUGAUGUUCGACGUCAUACACGGGAGAUCAUUGAGUCUGCCUCUCACGGGGAAUGCCCACGCAUUGACAACCUUGAUACAUUGCAGUGCAAGUUGGCAGACAUACUACAAGACUCAGGGAAAUUUCUGCUAGUGUUGGAUGAUGUUUGGUUUGAACCUGGCAGCGACAGGGAAUGGGACCAACUGUUGGCACCACUAGUUUCCCAACACCCAGGAAGCAAAGUUUUGGUAACUUCUGGACGGGAUACAUUUCCAGUUGCUCUCUGCUGUCAAGAAGUGCGUUUGCUGAAAAACCUAGGAGAUGCUCAGUUCUUGGCACUUUUCAAACACCAUGCAUUCUCUGGACCAAACAUCAGAAAUCCACAGUUGUGUGCAAGGCUGGAAGCUUUUGCAGAGAAGAUUGCUAAAAGGCUUGGAAAAUCUCCUUUGGCAGCAAAAGUUGUGGGUUCCCAAUUGAAAGGAAAAACAUGUAUCACUGCAUGGAAGGAUGCUCUUACUAUAAAGAUUGAGAAAUUAAGUGAGCCCAUGAGCGCUCUGUUGUGGAGUUAUGAGAAGUUAAAUCCAUGUUUGCAGAGGUGCUUCCUAUAUUGCAGCUUGUUUCCAAAAGGCCACAAGUAUUUAAUUGGUGAGUUGGUUCAUCUUUGGAUGGCAGAGGGCCUCAUUGAUUCGUGCAACCAAAACAAGAGAGUGGAAGAUAUUGGGAGGGACUGCUUCAAGGAGAUGAUCUCUGUUUCGUUCUUUCAAAAAUUUGGUAAGGAAAAGGAACACACUCCCACAUACUAUGUUAUGCAUGAUCUUCUUCAUGAUCUGGCAGAAUCACUCUCCAAAGAGGUCUACUUCAGAUUGGAAGACGAUAAUGUGACAGAAAUACCGUCCACUGUUCGACAUCUAUCAGUUCGUGUUGAGAGUAUGAAGCGGCACAAGAAUAGUAUCUGCAAGCUAUAUCAUUUACGCACUAUUAUCUGCAUCGACCCCCUAAUGGAUGAUGUAAAUGACAUUUUUAAUCAGGUACUACAGUAUUUGAAGAAGUUGCGCGUACUAUAUUUGUCAUCUUAUAACAGUAGUAAGUUGCCAGAAUCUGUUGGUGAGUUGAAGCACCUUCGGUAUUUGAACAUCAUCAGCACACUGAUUUCUGAAUUACCAAGAUCAUUGUGUACCCUUUACCACUUGCAGCUACUUCUGUUAAAUGACAAAGUUGAGAGUUUUCCUGAAAAACUUUGUAAUUUAUGGAAAUUACGUCAUCUUGAACGGCACCAAGAUUGGGAUCAUGAUAUAAUAUUCCCAUAUAAAGAAGCACCACAUCAAAUUCCUAACAUUGGCAAGUUAACUUCACUUCAACAAUUUGAGGAAUUUUCUGUGCAAAAGAAAAAAGGAUAUGAGUUGCAACAACUGAGGGACAUGAAUGAGAUUCGAGGCUGUUUACGUCUCACAAAUCUUGAGAAUGUCACUGGCAAGGAUCAAGCCUUUGAAUCGAAGCUGCAUCACAAAAUUCAUCUUGACACAUUGCAUCUUGUUUGGAGGUGCAAAAAUGACACCAAUGCAGAGGAUAGUUUACAUUUGGAGAUUCCACCGCCUCAACUUGGGGAUCUUACAAUUAACGGUUACAAAUCUUCAAAAUAUCCCGACUGGUUACUUGAUGCUUCAUAUUUUGAGUUUUUGAAAUCUUUAAGAUUUGUUAAUUGCACUGCAUUACAAAGCAUACCAUCCAACACCGAACUGUUUAGGAAUUGCUCUUCACUUGUCCUCUGGAAUGUGCCAAACCUGAAAACAUUACCUUGUCUUCCACCAGGCCUUCAAAAGUUAGAAAUUGUAGAAUGCCCACUGCUUAUAUUUAUUUCAAAUGAUGAGCUGGAACAUCAAGAGCAGAGAGAGAAUAUCACGAGUAUAGACCACUUGGUAUCACAGCUUAGUUUAAUCUGGGAGGUAGAUUCUGGAUCACAUAUUAGGAGUACACUCUCAUUGGAACUUUCAUUUCUGAAGCAGCUGAUGAUAUCGAUGCAUGCUGAUAUGUCGCAUGUUCAAAAUCUUGAAAUUUCUCUAGAAGGUGAAAAAGAUGAAGCUACUGUCACGAGCAAAGGAUGGGAGUCACAUAUGGAAGGAGCAUGGUGCUGCCGCUGUAUUACAGAUGGAGCUUUAGCUGUUUGCCUUGAUGGCCUGGCUUCACUGAAAAGAUUGGUCUUGGUAGAUAUUAUGACUUUAACUGCACUUCCUUCAGAAGAGAUCCUCCAACAUUUGAAAAAACUUGACCACUUGUACAUCUGGCGUUGCUGGUGUCUCAAGUCAUUAGGGGGCUUACGAGCUGCUACCUCACUUUCAACUGUUAGAUUGGUUUCCUGCCCUUCUUUAGAGUUGGCACGUGGAGCAGAAUGUUUGCCAUUAUCCCUUAAGACGCUCGUUAUAGUCAGUUGCGUGCUUGCAGCUGACUUCCUCUGUACUGAGUGGCCAUACAUUGAUACAAUAAGCAUAACCAAUUGCAGAAGCACCAGAUGCUUGUCCGUUGGUAGUCUCACCUCUGUUAAAUCAUUCAUACUGGAGCACUUGCCAGAUUUAUGUACGCUCGAAGGAUUGUCUUCCCUGCAACUGCACAACGUGCAUUUGAUUGCUAUUCCGAAACUCGUCCCUGAGUGUAUCUCACAGUUUAGAGUCCAGAGAUCACUCUAUAUUGGCAGUCUCGUGAUACUCAACGAGAUGCUCUCAGCUGAAGGUUUCACACUUCCAGCAUUUCUCUGUCUUCAAGGAUGCAAGGAACCAUUUGUUUCAUUUGAAGAAUCUGCAAAUUUUACAUCCGUCCGGAGACUGAGAUUAUCUGGAUGUCAAAUGACUUCCCUUCCAAAAAAUCUAGAGCGCUUCUCCAAUCUGAAGGUGAUCGACAUUGUUAGGUGCCCCAACAUAUCAUCUUUACCAGAUCUGCCAUCCUCCCUCCUUCAGAUAUGCAUAUGGGAUGAUUGCGAGCGCUUGAAGGAGAGUUGUCGAGCACCUGAUGGAGAAAGUUGGCCAAAGAUUGCACAUAUUCGCAGGAAGUACUUUUUAAAAGUGUGA